AUGGCAGAGCCGGCGCCGCCGCCAUCUGGCCCACGCAGCGAUCGAACUUCGCAGCCUUCAACACCGAGUGCACCCACCGGCCCCGCAGCAUCACUACCAGCAGGCAUCCAUCCUAGUAGGCUGGCACACAUCGAGGGCAGAGCACCAAGCGGGCCACCACUCCAGACCAACAUGCCGAAUGCUCCAAGCGGACCGCGUAACGGAGGUCGCGCUCCUCAAGGUCCUAUCCCAUCAUCACCAGUCGGCCCGCGACCUCCCACAGGUCCUGGAGGACCUAGGAAUGCCGGCAACCCACUACGUGCCAUCAACAACGUACUGACUGGAAACGCACCUGCCGAUCGAUCAAGCGAACGCAAUGGAACUCAUUCCAACCCUCCGGUGCGUGGUCGCGGUGCUACUCGCGCCAACGGCCCAAUGGACGGAUCAGACAUGACGAGCCCAAUGCCACCGCCCUCGCUUGAUUCAACGCCCAACCAGCACCCGAGGAGCAGUCGAAACGAGGAUGUACCGAGCAGGAUGGAGGGCGCUCCACAAGAAGAAGGCCGUUCAGAAUCUCGCAGUCAUCGACACCGAUCAGGCCGCGAGCGCUCACCCGAUCGAUCAGGCCGCCAUCCCGAAGAGCGAAGCAGCCGCACUGCCCCUUCUGAACGCGCAGAGGGCGAACGUGGCUCCGACCGCGGCCGCGAGAAGCACGGCAGCAACCGAGAAAGCAGCCGUCGCGAACGCGGCGAACGAGACGGCGAACCGAGAUCAGGACGCGAGCCUCGCGAAAGCAGCAGACGCGAGCGUGGCUCCCGUGACGACGGACGCUCUUCAGGAGCCAGGGAGGAAGGACGCUCGGAUCGGAGGAGCCGUGGUGGCGGCGGAGGAAGCAGCCAAGGGGAUGAAGCACGCAAGAGGGGUCGCGACCCCCAGGAUCAAGCCCAUGGAGAUACCAAGAGGAGACGUUAG